CUUACAACAAUAGAAAUGUAUAAGCAAAUACUUGUACUUGGUAUUUCUCUCAUUUCUGCAGUUUUUGCUGGUUCUCUAAAACUUACUUCAUGUUCUAGCUCGGCCUUUAAGGAUGUUUCCGUUGAGAUCAGCGUAUGCGACAAAACAGGUUGCAAUUUUCGUUCUGGACAUCCUUUUUCGAUCUACUUCGUGUUGACUUCAACAACGACUCUUCAGAGCCUCAGUGUUUCUUUGUCUGUGCCACAGUUUUCUUCCGACGCAAUUAUAACCAAGGAUUUAUGCGAAAUGGGACCUUGCCCACUGUCCGGAACGGGAAAGUACUCAGUAACAGAGACUAUAACCAUUCCUGCUGAAUAUGAAUUUAUUCUGCCUCAGAAAAAUAUCAAGAUCAAGCUUGAAGUCUUUGAUCCUGCCAAUCCGUCUAACAUACUUUACUGUGGCACGACUUCUGUGAAUCUCUGUCCAUCCGCUGGAUGCAGUGGAAAAGGUGGCAAAGUACUUGGUGUAUUGGGAAGGAAAUAAACGAGUGUGACCUGCAAAUUUUGUGUGAAUUUAUUAGUUAUU